GAGCAAUAUUGCUGGCAUAUGAGAAGUUGGAAGUAGAAGGGAGAUACAUAUGCUCCGCAUAUCUGGCCAAAACAUGAGACUUGAUUGACAGGCUGAAGACCAUGCAUCCAAAGUAUAAUUAUUCCAAAAAAAUUACUGAAGCUGGUGACCAACGAUUUUCUUGAGGUCAAAUUAGUGACUAGACCAUAAAGUAAAACUGUAAAACGCUGGAACUAAACAUUUACUCCUACUCCCUUCUCUACAAAAGUCGAUUAAAAAAGUCCUUGUUCCACUUGAGUUCCACAUAAAGGCUCCUAGAAUAUUCCGGCUAUGUGAGGUUCCCUGUGGUCACUGUAACUGUCAAUUUUAUCUGCCCCUAAACCUUGGCUCUUUCUUGUAGGAAUCGACCUUUCUAUAUAUAAAAAACAAAAUUUGUGCCUAAAUUAAAACUUGAUUCAAACAGAAAGAAAACAUCAUGUGUUGACAUUUAGGUAAUGCGUGACAACAUUGAGUCACCUAAUAUUCCUUGCUUUUUCAAUAAAAACAAACUGGGGAGAGGAUAUGAAAUCAUUGACUCAGAGACAAAAAGGUAAAGCAGCAGAGGAGAUGGAGAAACAAAGGGCUUGUGUAACUGGUGCUGGAGGUUUUCUAGCUUCUUGGGUUAUCAAGUUGCUCCUCUCUAAGGGCUACACUGUUCACGGAACCGUUAGAGAUCCAAGUGAUGAAAAGCACGCUCAUUUGAACAAUCUGGAGAACGCCGCGGAUAAUCUACAGCUCUUCAAGGCAGAUUUGCUGGACUACAACAGCCUCUGUGCUGCAAUUGCAGGAUGCAGCGGUGUUUUUCAUAUUGCCAGUCCAUGUACAACUCCUGUGGCCGAUCCUAUGGUUGAACUGAUUGAGCCUGCUGUCAAGGGUACGCGUAAUGUACUGAAGGCGUGUACCGAGGCUAAAGUGAAGAGGGUUGUGGUUGUGUCAUCUCGUGCUGCUGCUAUUUGGAACCCUAAUUGGCCAAUUGAUCAACCCAUUGAUGAGUCUUGUUGGUCUGACAAGGAACACUUGAAUACAAUUAAGAAUUGGUAUGCCCUCUCCAAAACAGAUGCAGAAAGUGAGGCUUGGGAGUAUGCAAAGAAGACCGGGCUCGAUGUGGUAACAAUACUUCCAUCACUUAUCAUCGGGCCAAUGCUGCAGUCUAAGAUGAAUGCAAGUACCUUAACUCUCAUCAAGAUUAUAAAAGAUGAAGCUGAGGAAAUGGUUAACAAUGACCUUAGGAUUGUGGAUGUGCGUGAUGUGGUUGCAGCAAUACUGAUGGCAUAUGAGAAGCCCAAAGCAAAAGGAAGAUACAUCUGUUCUGCACAUAAUGCCACAACACAGGAUUUGGUUGACAAGCUUAAGACCAUGUAUCCAAUGUCUCAUAAUCCCAAGAAAAUUACUAAGGGGGAAGAUAAGCACAAGCUAAGUUCUGAAAAGUUGCAGAAGUUGGGAUGGACAUACAUACCGCUCGAGAAAAGCCUCGCGGACUCUGUUAAAUGCUACAAAGAGAAGGGUAUCUUGCUUUGAGGUACACACAUGUUUAAAAGUGGGACGGAUGCUCUAUGUAGUAUCUCAAUAAAAAGAUAUCAUAUCUUACUGCUUUGUAAAAAUAGUAGUUUCUAGGCUUAUUUUAUCUUGGUAUGUUCUGGUUUUUGCCUUAAAAGAAGAAUUAAAUAUAUUGAACAGCCUGGGAUAAUGAAGUUGUGAGUGAUUGAAAGGAUACUACCAGUUUUUUAAAUUGCACCAAACCUGCCAGUAUUUAUGGUUGUAGGCCUUCCAGUUA